CUAGUAUGGGCCGUGGCCACAGUCAGCGUCGCCCCGCGAUUCGACGAACCUGUUUCGUAUUCGUAGCUGUCGUUAGAAUUGGAACAAAAAUUGUUUAUGUGCUUAUAAUAGAAAUACUCUGUUACUUAGUCGAAAAAAAAAAACAAUUAGUGCUUUGAUCUUGUGCAUUUUGUUUUAUUAUAUUUUUAUCUGCAAUUUUAUUAUCAUAGUGCAUUAUUUAAAAAAGAAUCGCGUCUUUAUCUUAGGGUAAUUAAAAUUAAAGGUGAGUCAUGCGGCAUGGUGCGUGACACGCGACCAAGGCAGCGUGUAUUAUAUUUUUUUCGUCGAUGACGAGCUCUCGAGUUUUUAAUUCUACAUGCACGUAACAGAGGGACCCUUGGAACACUUGUGAACGUAUCCUCGUGUAAAAAUACGCAAGGGGGCCGGUGGCGUGGAGUGUUUAAUUAAAGGUAAGGUGUUUGGUCGUUCUUCGAGGUGGAUAAAUUUGCGCGUAACCGCGCGGGGAAGAACGUAGGGGUGAAUUCAGCGUAGGAGUGAAAUAGAGAAGAAUCGGUGGAAUUCUGCGCGUUGAAGUAUGCCGGAGGAACAGAAAUCUGCUGGUGGUCAACCAGAAGUAACAGCAGAAAAUGGAACCGAUACAAACUCCCCAACGAAAAGUCCAGUCAGCAAAGGCAAAACAGCUCUUGCGAGGAUUACAUUGCUGGAUGGGACAGUGAAAGAUUUUCAUAUAGAUAGAAAAGCGAAAGGUCAAGAGUUACUUGAUAUGAUAUGUCAAAGUAUGAAUUUAAUGGAAAAAGAUUAUUUUGGUCUUAUUUACGAGGACAGGCACGAUUCACGAAAUUGGUUAGAUUUGGAUAAAAGAAUUGCAAAAUUUAUAAAAAACGAACCAUGGAAAUUUAAUUUUGAGGUGAAAUUUUAUCCACCGGAUCCGGCUCAGUUACAAGAAGAUAUAACUCGUUACCAAUUAUGCCUUCAAAUAAGAAAUGAUAUUAUUACAGGACGAUUGCCAUGUUCUUUUGUAACCCACGCUCUUUUAGGUUCAUAUUUAGUUCAAUCAGAGGUCGGAGAUUAUGAUCCAGAAGAACAUGGCCGUACAUAUUUAAAAGACUUCAAAUUUGCUCCUAAUCAAACUCCAGAGUUAGUGGAGAAAGUAAUGGAUCUACACAAAACACAUAAAGGUCAAACACCCGCAGAAGCGGAACUUCACUAUCUCGAAAAUGCAAAAAAAUUAGCAAUGUAUGGAGUUGAUCUUCAUCCUGCUAAAGACUCUGAAGGUGUUGAUAUAAUGUUAGGUGUAUGUUCAUCUGGACUUCUCGUCUAUAGGGAUCGAUUGAGAAUCAACAGGUUUGCUUGGCCAAAGAUAUUAAAAAUCUCGUACAAAAGGCAUAACUUUUAUAUAAAGAUCAGACCAGGUGAAUUUGAACAAUUUGAAUCGACAAUUGGUUUUAAAUUAGCAAAUCAUAGAGCUGCAAAAAAAUUAUGGAAAGUGUGUGUAGAACACCAUACUUUCUUCAGGCUCAUGAGUCCUGAGCCUGUAAAAAAAGUAGGUUUAUUACCACAUUUAGGCUCUCGUUUCCGAUAUUCAGGUAGAACUCAUUACGAAACGAAGAAGACUCCCAUUGACAGACAACCUCCACAAUUUGAAAGAUCUUUAAGUGGUCGUCGUCCUACAUCUCGUAGUAUGGAUGCAUUAGGAGGUCCUAAACAAGUUGAAUCUUAUGGUUCAGAACCAAGUAAGAGGCAUACAAUGAGCUAUGAACCUGAAAUGAUUCCUGAUAUGGAGCAUAUAGAUCAACGGCCUAGUCCAAUUAAAAAACAAAAAGAAAAGCUCACACGCAAAACAAGUGCUGGAACAACAUCAGCUAGCAGUACCAGUAGCCUGGAAGGAGAAUAUGAUGCAGAUCGUGGCAAAAAGAAACCGGUCGGAGGAAUUGCGGUCCUACCGCCCGGUGGUCUAUUUAAGAAGAAAAAGGAUAAACAAAAUGAAAACGAAAAAGAAAAUCAUAAUGAUUUAAAUAAUUCCGAUUUAAUAAAUGAAAAUGCUAUUCUUGAUAAUAAUGAUAUAAAAUCCAAUAAAAAAGAGUUUAAAAAAAAAGAAAAGGAAAUGACAGAAAAAAAUAUUAUUCUUGAAAACAAUGAUAAGAUAAAAUCACCUAGUAAAAAAGAAUUAAAAAAGAAAGAAAAGGAAAUGGCGGAAAAAACUGCUAUUGAUAAUAACGAUAUAAAAUCGCCCAGUAAAAAAGAAUUAAAAAAAAAAGAAAAAGAAAUGGCAGAAAAAAUAGCUAUUCUUGACAAUGAAAUAAAGUCAUUUAAUAAAAAGGAAUUAAAGAAGAAAGAUAAAGAAGCAUCAGAAAAAAAAGAUAAAGAAGUAUCAGAAAAAAAAGAAAAAGAAAUAUCUGAAAAAAAAGAAAAAGAAAUAUCAGACAAAAAAGAAAAAGAAAUAUCAGACAAAAAAGAAAAAGAAAUAUUAGACAAAAAAGAGAAAGAAAUAUCAGACAAAAAAGAAAAAGAAAAGUUAGAAAAAAAAGAUAAGGAAACAUCAGGGAAAAAAGACAAGGAAAUGUCAGAAAAAAAAGAUAAGGAAACAUUAGAAAAAAAAGAUAAAGAAAAAAAAGACAAAAUAAAGGAUAUACGGGAUGUAUUAAAACCAAUUUCUUCAAAAACGAAGAAAGUUUUAUCUUCAAAUACUACCCCAACAAUAGUAAAAACAACAACCAAACAAUCAGUAGUAAAGGAUCAAGAAGGUGUGAUACAAAAUAUAGAAGAAAAAGUGGAAGAUCUUACUCCUGGAGGAACAGGCCAAGUAACUGUUUCUACACAAAUUAAUAAGGCAGAGACAUCAGAUGAUGGUAGAGCUCCAUACAUGACAGCAACUGCUGUUACUACACGCACUGCUACAAUGCACGAGGAUCUUGAAAAAAAUCAAAAAACCAGUCAGGUAGAGGAAAAAACUGUAGCACAUACAACAGCAACCAGUGCAACAAGACAAGAACAGAGAGUAGUAACUCAAGAAGUUCGAACAACAAGUCAUGUACUUUCUGGUGAACAGCUGUUCUCACGAAGGCUCAGUACAUCCAGUUCAAGCAGUGAUGAUUCAGGUACUCCAAUUGACCUUGAAGAUGAUCAGCAGGCUUUCUACAAUCAAUAUUAUCAGGGUGAUCCAGCUGGUGUUAUUGAAACUGAAACACAUAUUUACAAAGGAGAACCAGAGAGUAAUGUAACAACAACUACUACAGUUCCACUAGUAGCAACUGAAACUAGAAAAGUAGCUGUUGAAAGUGAAGAUGGUAUGUACAGUGCAACUGGAGAAAUAGUUAGUUCUCAGACAAUAUCUAGUAAAACUCGUACUGUUGAAACGAUAACGUAUAAAACUGAAAGAGAUGGAGUUGUAGAAACUCGUGUAGAACAAAAAAUUACAAUACAAUCAGACGGUGAUCCAAUUGAUCAUGAUAGAGCUUUAGCAGAAGCAAUUCAAGAGGCAACAGCAAUGAACCCUGAUAUGACAGUAGAAAAAAUAGAAAUUCAACAGCAAACAGCGCAGUAAAGUAAUUGGUAAAAAUUACUUUUGUAAGAAAUAAAGGGCACUCUUUGUCUAAAAGACUCAUAAUUCUAAGAAAGAAUAAAAUAAAAAAUUAAAUUGAUAUGCAUUUAAAUAAUGCAUAAUAAAUAAUUUAACUUAGUUUUACUAUCAUCAAAAUUUACUUAAAUAAUUUGCCAAAAUGAAGGCAAUAAAAAAAUAACAUUUGCAUUUAAUAAUUAAAAUGUAUUUCUUAUAAUAAAUGUUGCCCAAUAUUAUGAGCUUGAACUUGAUUAAAAAUCAAGUUAUUAAAAAAGAAUGUCAUGGUACCUUGUACUGCAGUGUUCAUAUUCAAAGUAUGUAUUGUCUACAUACACAGAAGCAUAAAUAUAUAUUAUACAUAUUAUGUAUACAUAGUUAUAUAUGUACCUAAAUGAAAAAUAAUUUGUUUAUAACUAUAAACAUAUGACAGAGUGCCCUAUAAACUUACAUUAUAAUAAAAUCAUGAUAUUCAUGCAAUGUCUUGUCUAUAAUAAGCGUAUUAAUUAAAUUAUUCAUAUAAAGUUUAUUUAAAUAAUAUCCAAGACUUGUUCAACAAUAUUAAAAAAUAUUUAUGAGCUUAAUUUUUUAAAAUUUUUUGCAGAUUUUUUUGUUAUAAUUUAAAUUUCUAUUUUUAAAACUUUGUCUCUGAGCCUAAUAUAAUAAAUAAUAAAAAAAUUGAAAAAUGACUUAAAAAACAUUUUAACAAGUCAAACAUGUGUAACUAUAUUAUCAAUAUACAUUUUAAUAAUAUAAACAGUAUAAUAUACAUAUAUAAUGUAAUUUUUAUGGAUUUAAUGAUAUAAAUGAGUCAUUAAAAAAAUCAAUACAUGAAAAGUAACAAUGGAAGACUUAUACUUGUAAGAAAUACACAAAAUUUUUUUUAAAGUUUCAGACGAUUUAAAUGUAUUUUUUCUGUAAUGAUUUUUUGUAUAGGUCAAUUAUUUGUGACAAUUUUUUCUUCAAAAUAGAUGUUUAUUGUGACAAAGUCAGAGUUCUCUAAGUAUAAAAUAUUAAAUAUUAAUAUAUAUAUUAAAAUAUAUACAUAUAAAUGUAUGUAUGUAUACAUAAACAUUUAUAAUUAAUUGACAAAGAAAAUAGAGAUCUACAAAGUUUCCUAACUUAGAGUAUUACUAAUUAUUCAAUAAUGUAAAUUGAAAGAAAAUAUACAUUAUUAACAUUACUAUAUACAUCUUUUAUUUAAUUUAAAAAUAUGUAUUUUGGAAACUAUGUAGAUUUUCUUGAUCUAUAUAUUUCAAAGAUAAUAUGAUUUAUGAAUAACAUUAAGAUAAAAAAAUUAUAUAUAUGUAACUUCAUACCAAGAGCUAUGAUGCAUUGGUCAGCGUAUAUGUCUAAAUUUAGCUAUAACUUUUGUAGUUUUAAAACUACAAGUUCAUAUAAAAUUUUAUUUGUUUAAUAGUUUAUUUAAUUUUUGUAUUAACAACACAGAAAUAUUGCUAAAAAGAAAAGGCUGAUAAUCUGAAUUUACAAUAAAAUUAUUAAGAGGCAAUUUGCGAAAAUAAAGUUAUAUAAAUAUAUAAAGUUAUAAAUAUUAUAAUAUAUACCACUGCUUCAUGUAUUUAUGUAUUAAUAUAACAUAUAUGUAUGUGUAUAUGCAUGUGAGUACAUAUAUAUAUAUAUAUAUAUAUAUAUAUAUAUAUAUAUAUACACAUAUAUAUACACAUACAUAUAUAUAUUGUACAUGUGGUAAUUAAGAAACGACAUUAAAAUAUGCAUAUCACACUGUAGAAGGCUUGUUUAUGCUUUUGUUCUUUCAUAUAUUAUUUAAAAGCUACAUUACUAUUACUUGCAUUUUGCACAAAGCAUUUAUUUUAUAAUAUUAAAUUAUUAACAUUUGCAUAUUGAUUGUAAAUGAAAUUUUUUUUUACUUUUGUACUUUUUAAAUAAUAUAUAAUAAAUUGAAAUAUUUAUAUUAGUAUAUAAUAUAUAAUUUUGUAAUUAUUUACAUUUACUAUAUAUAAUUUUUCUUGAAGAUUAAAUAUUUUCUGCAUUUCUAUUUGUUAGUAUUGUUGUAAUUAUAUAAUUUAAUAUUUAAAAAAAGAAAAUAUAAAAAUUUCUAGAGCAAAAGAAUAUCAUAGAUCAUCUACGUGUGAAAUGCAUUUUCUCUUGUAUAUUACCAACUCAUUUUAUGCUGGCAACUAAUGAAUUAUUUGAAUGUUACAAAAUACAUCGAUUAAUCUCACUUUAUUUCAUAGUAUUAACUUAUAUUUCAGAUAUGCUCAACCAUUGUAUUUUCUUGUAAGUUUUUAUUUUUUUUUUAUUUAUAAGCACUUUUACAAAUUUCGUAAAUUAAUUUUUUAUGUUUCGAUAUUAAAAAAAAAACAGUAAAAUUAUAUUAAAGAAGAUAUUGAUUUUCUUGUACCUUAUAAUUCCAUUAUUUAUAUAUUUGUUUUUAUUGUAUCUAACAUUCCAUGCUUAUAGUGACUAACAAAUAUGUAUCAUAAAUGCUUGUGUCAUUUAAAAUUUAUUUAUUCGUUUAUUCAUACAAUUAUAUUUAUCAAAAUUUUAUAUUAACUCUGCUUGAAGAGUUGCUUAUUGAAGAUAUAAUAUAGAGAAUAAAAAUUCUUUAUUAUAUUCAACUUAAGCUUUAAAAAUAAAGUAUAAAUCUUCAAGCAGUGUACAAAUGUAGUUAAUAGUAUUUUGUACUUUAAUAAAUUUUCUAUGAUUCAUUUAGUCAUAAUAUGAUAAUUACAAUAUUAUACUUAAUAUUAUAGUUCUAUAAUAUACAAUUAUGUAAUAGUAUUUUAUGUAUAAGAAAAUCGUAACUCUUUAACUAUGCACGUUUUGUUAUAUUUAAUGUGAAUUAUUGUUUUACACGCAUGAAUUUUAAUGUAUUUUAUUUCAAAAUUUUAUGUUAAUGCACAUAUAAAUGUCGCCUCAGUGCUAGAAAGUUGUACAAAAUAAUUAUAAUUAGUUUGCCGCUUUUUUUACAUGAUUUGCCAUAUAUUUUUUGUGCAAUUUAAUUAUUGAUUUUAUUUUUAUCUCAUACACGACUUUCCAGCAUGCAGGCAAUAAUUUAAUGAUUUAUAUAAAAAUUAUUUAAUAUUUAAUUAUAAAAAAAUUAAAUAAAAAAUAUACAAUGAAUUAGAAAUAAUUUUUUAAAAAAGAAUAAUUUUUUAAUAAAUAAGAAAAAUACCUCUAAUCCAAAAAA